AUGAGGAGGAAGAGACGUAGGGUCUGCUCCCAUUCACUCCAAGCCCUGCCAGAAUUUUGGCAAGGGAUGAUUCAUCCCCAAGGUUCACGCAGCACUCCAAGUGAUAAGAGAGCAGACUGGGAUUCUGGAAUGGAAAAGGACUGGUGCACUCAAGGGCACUCAAUAAACAAUGCAGCAGGAUCUGUGGGCACACCACCAAGGACAAAGGUGUUGGGGCACACAUCAGAGGCUGAGGUGAGUGUGGAAGUGCAGGCACAAGGGCACAGUGCCUGUGGAGGUGACCUGGCCUUGCCCAAACCCAGUAGCAUUGGUAAACUUGCAGGAUUUCUUCCAUUCCCUUUCAAGCCUUUGUUUGGAGAAAGAAGCAACAGUGCAGAUGAACAGCAAAUACCAGAUCUCACAGCUCUGGCUGGUAAUAAACACGGGGACCCCAUCCAUCAAUUGGAAUAUCGGAUUUCCAGACUGGAAGGAGUCCUUCGCUUGAACAAGAUGAUAACAGAGUCAGGAGGAAAAAUCUUUGCUACCAAUGGAAAAAAAGCUGAUUUUGAUGGUACAGUGGAAAAAUGUAAAGAGGCUGGAGGCUCUAUUGCCACUCCAAAGAGCCCUGGAGAGAAUGAUGCCAUUCUGUACUUUGUGAAAUAUUUUAACACCUAUGCCUACCUGGGGAUAAAACAAUCCCUUAUUCCAGGAAGAUUCCAGCUCCUGAACGGUGCUCAGCUGAGCUAUACUAACUGGUAUUCAAAUGAACCUUCUGGCAAAGGGCAGGAGGAGUGUGUGGAGAUGUACACUGACGGCACUUGGAAUGACAAGAUCUGCAACAAGAAUCACCUUAUUGUCUGCCAGUUUUAG